AUGGCUCUUGUGGUGGUGGUUCCGAUGAUGACACUUGUCGCGACUUGCGCUUCCUUCUGGCAUACACUCUCUGCUCCACCGCCGAUCACAGAGCCCUUCGACGCCUCGAAGCCUCCAAAGUCAUCGCCGAUCACAGAGCUGCCACAGCUGCCGCUUCCACCUCCACCACCCACCUUGCUGUCACCACUCACGGCCUCCAAUGAGGCCUUCAAGGCCCCUAAGCCCGCAAAGUUGGCUCCAAAGUUGCCCCCAAAGUCGCCGUCUCCACCGAUUGAGCUGCCGCCAAUUGAGUUGCCGCCGAUUCAGCUGCCACCACAGCCACUUCCACCACCCCUAUGA